ACAAGAUGCAGCUACAGCAAAAAGGUCCAUAUGUUUUCAGCUGGGUAUGCCCCCCAAAAAGACGCUAACAUACCAUGCGGCUCGUGUGGCUCUCUCGCCUCACUUCUCCUAUCACCAUGUAGCCAAACCUACGAUGCUCAUGACACGUUCCUACAUCAUCAC